ACACAGAGUAUAACCGUUGCCCUGGUAACCAGCACCACCGGCAAAUCUUUCUACCUGCAGCUGCUUAAAAAAAGACCAGUAAAAAUCAAAACAAAAUAAAUACAAAGUUUUUGCAAAUAAACUUAUGAUAUUUUACAGAUAUAAAUGCAUUUGUCAUUGUUAUUUAAAUAUUAAUGUGAGCAAACUAAAAAAUAUAUCGUCUUAAAAGACCACUUUAGUUUGAAGAUUUUAAUAAUUGCUGGAGUUUACGUGUCGUCGUAACACGAGAAGAUUAUUAUUGUUUGGAGUUAAUCUGUUGGAUUAAUUAAUUAAUUCCAUAAACUGUGUGUCAGCGCUGUACAUAUGUAGUUUGUCCUGUGUAUCAAUUAUAUCAAGAAAGUAUUUGUGAUUCCAUCAGCAAAUUUGUAAAGUGUUAUUUUUCUCUGAUAGUUGGAAAAGUGCUGACAAAACAUUUUAGAAUACACAAUAAAUCUUGGGAUAUAGGAAGAGAGGGUUUAACAGAAAGGAUGGGAGGUCAGCCAAUGUUUCAUGGACGGUUGGACACAUUUCCCCCGAUGCUGCAUGAUCGUUUGGCAUAUAGUCAAAAUUUUUCUGGAGGUCCUCCCCCACAAGCGCCGAGUUCUGGCCAAAUUGGAAAUUCGUUGGGAGCGUUAAACUAUGAAGUGCCGUCACGAUCAAUUCAACAUUUUGACGACCGGUCUUGCUCCCCACCUCCGGUCGAAAUCUGUCCCCAGUGCGACAAUGUGUACACGACGAAGCGUCUCCUGAAGCAGCACAUUUCCCAAGUUCACGGGCGGGGACGGUCCAAGAUAAAAUGUCACAUCUGCCCAAAGUCCUUCUGCAACCAGGUAACCCUUCGGAAUUAUGUGAACCUUAUCCAUGGGAAGGGAGGGUACCCCUGCACGGCGUGUGGGAAGCGGAUGUCGAACCAGAGCAAUCGGAUAAUCCAUGAGAUAAACGUGUGCAAAGUGGUCUGGGAGAAGGGGGCGAUUGAGAGGGAGGGUGUGAAAGUGUACCACUGCGGAUUCCAUGGGUGUGACAAGGUUUGUGGGAGGUUUAAAGAUAUGGAACGGCAUAUGGACAUCCACGUGAGAGAUGGGAAGAUAAGGGGGUGAUGAGGAGUUAUCAAUGAGAUGGGGAAUGUGGUGUGGAAAGAGAGAAGGAGGAAACAAGUGUUAUAUUUAUUUUUAGUGUGUAAAUUAGUCUUAAGUAGUUCAUUUUACUAGAGUUAUUUAAUAAUGUAGUAGACAAACAUGAAUAUUUAUGUUUUUGACAUUGUGUACUUUUUAAUGUGGUUGUAAAUCUUUUCUCAUUAAGGUUUUGCAUGAGAAUUUGAUCGUAGUUUGGAUUUAUGUAAUAUCGUAGGAGGCUUAUUACAGAACGGAUUUUAUAUUACAUUCGAUAUGUACAAAUUUGGAAUAAAUAUUUAGAGUUUUCUAGA